AUUUUGAAUAACACCUUGUUGUAUCCACUUUUGUAGAUGCUUCAUGACUGUCCCAAAGCUAGACGAGAAGUUGAGCUACACUGGCGAGCUUCUUCAUGUACCCAUAUCGUCAGAAUUGUUGAUGUCUAUGAGAACCUAUAUCAAAACAGGAAGUGCCUUCUUAUUGUAAUGGAGUGCAUGGAUGGAGGUGAGCUGUUUAGUCGAAUUCAGGACAGAGGGGACCAGGCAUUCACUGAAAGAGAGGCUUCUGACAUUAUGAAGAGUAUAGGAGAGGCCAUUCAGUAUUUACAUGCUAUAAACAUUGCACACAGGGACGUCAAGCCAGAGAACCUGCUAUAUACCUCUAAAAGGCCCAAUGCCCUUCUCAAACUGACAGACUUUGGAUUUGCAAAGGAGACAACAACACACAACUCACUGGCCACACCUUGCUAUACUCCUUAUUACGUCGCCCCAGAGGUUCUUGGGCCAGAAAAGUAUGACAAGUCCUGUGACAUGUGGUCUUUGGGUGUCAUCAUGUAUAUUCUGCUAUGUGGUUACCCCCCAUUCUAUUCCAACCAUGGCCUAGCUAUAUCCCCUGGUAUGAAGAAACGAAUCCGUAUGGGACAGUAUGAGUUUCCAAACCCUGAAUGGUCUGAAGUUUCAGAGGAAGCCAAACAGCUUAUCAGAACGUUACUGAAAACUGAGCCGACACAGAGGAUGACCAUCACAGAGUUCAUGAACCAUCCCUGGAUCAAUCAAUCAAUGGAAGUACCACAGACGCCCUUACACACCAGCCGUGUUUUGAAAGAAGAGAAAGACACUUGGGAAGAUGUCAAGGAGGAAAUGACAAGUGCCUUGGCAACAAUGAGAGUCGAUUACGAGCAAGUCAAAAUCAAGAGGAUCGAAGACUCCUCUAAUCCCCUGCUGAUGAAGAGGAGAAAGAAAGCCAACAACCUGCCUGCCGAAAACGAGACGCCUGCUUGCUAGGGACAUCUUUUUGUCAAACACGUACACGCAUUUAUACACAUACAUUCAGUUCACAGGAAGCAAUAACUCAAGAAAAAAUCAAAGUGAGAGAUUUAAAAAAAACAUAUUUCUUUUUAAUUACUCACCAUUUGUAACUAACAAAAAAAACUUCUGCUACCUAAAGAAAUGGGCUGUACAAUGAUGAUGACACAUGAAUUCAGAGUUCUGAAACAGCCGUUGUCCACUAGUUUGCUUUUUAAAGUUGUCACAAGUCCUGUUUUGUCACAUGGUGUUUCCUGGGGUAAUCGAAAUGCAUUUAUUUUUAAUCAGAAGCCAUUGGUACAUACAUUCGAGAGUUACACACUGUCUUUCUUUUUUGAGUUCACAAGAUAAGUUGUUGUGUGGCCUUCCUUCUGCUUAUGUUCUGAGAAGCCUAUGCAUUAUUCAUAGCUUUCAAAAUGUUCCUGUUCUUUUUUCGGUACAUCUAUCAAAGUCAUUUCCGCACCUGAAUGCUUUUAUUUUUUUAAUUUAGCUCCAAAAGACCGACAUAGUCAGUACUAGUGUCCAGAAAAUGUAUGUUCGAAAUGACUCUUUGAAUGUAGACGUGCUCUGUUCUCUACUGGGAAAAAGUCUGUCAGUAUCGUUCAGGGUCCUGUCAAGAAAAUACAAGAUCAUUUCGAUGCUUUAGAUUCAAUUUGCCUUAUUCAAAUUGAUUCCAGAGAAACAAAAGCACCUUCAUCGCCCUGUUUUUAGUAUUUGACAAGCCUUUCACUAUAUCCACCAAGCCAAUCCAGCAUAUUGUUUCAUGCUUAACAUUACGCUUAUUGCACACCAUUGGGUGAUUGAUGAUUUGCCUUGUAUCGAUUCUAUGCAUAUUUCUUUCCAGCUUUCAUUUUCUUGGGUAUUUGUAAAGAAUGUUAGCACAUGCUCUCGCAUUUCAUUUUAAACAUAUAUAUAUAUACAAAACAUACCCAGUUAACACCCUUAAAGCCCAUAGUUAUUUUUUUAAAAGUUUAUAAAGAAUCAAUAUGAAUGGGUAAAGGGUGUUUUUUCGUCCGUGGGAUAUCCAUUUGGUUAGAAUCGACUGUGUACUCUUCAUCAUGCCAGUGUGUGUUCAUGUUGUGUCUAUGAUCAAUGCCUACCAUGCAGUAAUUGUUUGAAUGCACCUACUGGAAGCAGCUUGGGGAAACCAGUUGUUACAUAUCCAGUUGACUGGUUUUAGCUGCUCUAAUGACCUAUGCUGAAAAGUUGCAUUUUGUUUUAUUUUCUAUAUAGUCUUUUUUUAAUCUGUAUAUUCAUAUUUGUCGUGUGAUUGAUCCUCUUUUAACGGAUAUGAGAUGAUGCCCAAAGUGUUGAACGUACAGUAUACAGUUGAGGAUCAGCAGUUAUUAUGUAAACCAUUUCUGUGCCCCUCUUUUAUCAUCAUCAUCAUUUUAGUCAAUCUGUAAACUUGACUUUUAUUUGAUGCUGCCACUGUGUUGGAUUUUUAUUUCCUCCUUUGCGUUAUUUUCCCAGUGCAGCGUAUCAUCCAAGUUGAAAACAGACUAGAAAUUACACAGAAUUUUAUACUAACAGGAAGAGGCAGAAAUCUGUCCUGUUUUAGUAUUUAACUGCUUUACUUAUGUCUUGGUCUGCUCCGACUUUGGAUUAAAACACCUUAAAACGCA